UCCAGUUAUGUUAAAAUCAUGUCCACCCAAACAUGAGAUCCAUACUCUUAUCGUCCUGACAUUUUUAAUUUCACCGGAAAAUCCGUUUUUUAUAUGUAUGUUCAAAUCCAAUAAUAACCUACUAACCCAAUGAAAGUCAUUGUUUUCAAAAAUGUAAAAACAUUCGUCCAUUAAUUUGACAGCUAUUGUUUUUAACGUCAGAUUUUCCUGCAUAUGUCAUGUUAUUACCAUUCUCUGUUUUAUUCAGUCAAAGUACAAUCAAUAAUUUUAAAGACUUUUGUGCUCGUUUAAGUUGUUACGAAAAUAUUAUGGACUUAAAAUACCGGAGAUAAAAAUUAAUUAAUUAAUGAUGCUCUGACGAUUAGGACGUGUGUAAUACAUGCCUACUUACCACUUCCAUGUACGGUUUUCCUUAAAUUUAGGCUGGAGUGAAAAAGGCACAAGUGAGUCGAAAAAAAGCUUGUGUAACUUUCGGCAAUCAGUUCGGGUCAUAUGGAGCUUUGUGUUUUAAUAUCUAUGGUACAAGAAGGACUUGCUGGUGAAAAUUUACUCAGUAUAACAAAUGUAUGAACCUCUUUUUAUCUGCAUAUUCUGAUAAUUUUGCUAUCUUAUGAAGCAUUUCCCGUAUUUGUUUACUUCUUAAAUAGUCUCUUUAUUAUCAGUAAGAAGCUAUCGCAAAAAUCUAUAAAACUAUGGGAUAUUCUCAAAAUAUGUAAAUGGUUAACUAUCGCAUAAAUUUAAUCUCAUCCUGAACCCGAUUAAUUUACUAAGAUAUUCGUUCUAAAUCAAACGUUCCAAACCUCCAUACUUUAUUGAGGAUAAAAUUCUAAUUGUAUGAAGGUAGGAUAAAACCAAACUUCUGCUUGUUCGUUAGAGUCAUCGAUGGACUUAUUUCUAUAACAUAUGGUUAGAAGUGUGGACUGUAUAACAACUUAGGAUUUUCAGCCAAUGAAUGCAAAUAUAUUUGUGAAAUAUUUGUCAUAUUUAUGCCGAACAAAUUUAUCUGUUAUAAAAUUUUUCAUAGGUCCGAUCACUUACACCAAUGGGUCUAGAACUUGGAUUUUGGGUAGAGGAAUAUGCCGGUAGUCGCGGGCGAAUCCCUCCAGUUAAACGUAAUGGAUCAUAUUCUGUUUUGAUGGCUACCAUCGAGAAAGGGCAUACUAUCGUAAAUUCUUUGAUUGAUACAAAGACAUUGGAUAGUCUGGGAUUAGUCAUUGUGGAUGAGCUGCAUAUGAUUGGUGAUGGUGGGCCUCGUGGUGCAUGCUUAGAAAUGAUCCUUACAAAGUUACGUUUAUCUUCUCGUAAGUUUUAUCAUUACAUGUUAUUGGUGUGUUUGUUGUCUUGUUUAUAUAAUUUCUGCAGUACUCCGAUGAUCCUAAUGAUACCUCGUACAUUUAGUCUAUAUAGUUGAAUGCCUAGUCGGUUGCAUUAGUAUAAUACUUACUUUUGUAGCCCAGAAUUUUUGCCGCCAACGUUUUUGGGCAAUAGAGUAAAGUUAGAAAUAACUAGCUCUAUGACUGUACAUAUAUUUCCUCUAUUUAAGCAUAAAAUUAAUUUGUAUACCACUCCAUAGUAUCUAAUAUCUCGUUUUCUCUUGGUCGGAAUAAUGAUUGCAUCUGCAAUUUAAUAGGACGUUCAAACCCAUCCGUAGUUAUCAAAAGGACUUUGAAGAUCGGUUACAAUCUUUACUUGCUUACAAUCCUACCACCUUAAUACUAACAUUAAAUGACUUUCAAAGCGUUAUUUUACUACAAGUCCAUACAUUGUUUAUUAAUAAGCCUUGGCAAUUUAGAAAUUUUCUUUUAGAAUCUCUUGUAUGGUUCCUCUGUCUUUAGACUUCCUCGGUGAGGUAAAUGUACAUAAUGUACUUUUCAUUUAGUAUAUAUAAUCCUUUUAUAAUAUAUUUCGUAAGAGCAUCAUACACAUAGAUGCUUUAUGGAUGUUAGAUAAAUAAAGUUUUUUUCACACAGCAUUUUAUCCUUAGUCUCUUCUUUGUAGCUACUACUCGGAUUAUUGGUAUGAGUGCAACCCUUCCCAACAUCUCUGAUUUGACCGACUAUCUAAGUGCAGAAUUAUAUGUCAGCAAUUUUCGUCCAGUCAAACUAAUUGAAUACGUAAAAGUUGGUGAUCAUCUAUAUGAGAUUACUUCUACGAAAACAUCUCAUUGUACAUCUGAAGGAAAUGAUUUCACUGAUAGGCUUGUUCAUUGUCGUAUGGUAGAUUUCCAGUAUACAAAAAAGAUGCUUUCUAGAGAUCCGGACCACUUAGUUGCCCUAGUUGCAGAAACGUUACUUGGACAUACAAUGAGUGAUUGGUGUUGUAACAGGUUAUUUCAUACCUCAUUUACUCGAUCAUCUAAAGAAAGGUUUUCUUGUUUAGUAUUUUGUCCAACCAAAGUACAUUGUGAAAAUACAGCUAAAAUGUUAGCGGAACUCCUUCCUGUCACUGCUUGUUUUCCUCACUCAAAUGAUGAAGAUUAUAUAACCGAGAAAAAUCUUGUUGAACAAAGAUCAAUAUUGUUAGACAAUUUACGUCUCGAUUAUACAAUUGAAAACAAAGAUUUAAAGGAAGGAGCUCAAACACAUUGCCCAGUUUUGGAAUAUACAGUUCCUAAAGGGAUAGCUUAUCAUCACAGUGGGUUGACGCAGGAAGAAAGGAGUGCACUAGAAACUGCCUAUAAUGAGGGAGUAAUCCGAGUGCUGUGUUGCACAUCUACAUUAGCUGCCGGUGUUAAUCUACCUGCUAGGAGAGUAAUCAUUCGCAAACCUUAUGUUGGCAGUUCUUUUUUGUCCAGUACUCAAUAUCAGCAAAUGGUUGGACGUGCUGGUCGUGCUGGUUUGGAUACUGUUGGUGAAAGUAUUACAAUAUUGCAACCAAAUGAUCGACAAAAUUUUGCUCAUUUGUUAUCUGAUAUAUCAGACCCUGAUGACACUAAACCACGUAUUGGAACAACUGGUCUAUGUAGCAGCAGCUUAUUGUAUGAAAAUGGAAAGGGUCUACGACAAUUUAUACUUUCACUUAUAGGUCUUGAAUUGGCCGCAACUUACCCAGAUAUUAUUUGGUCAUGUGAAAAAACGUUAUUGGGUGUACAGUACCGAUUAUAUCAACGCGGAGAUUUCGAUGACCUAGUUCGCACUGAAUUGAAUACGCUGAUUAAAAUGGAUCUAAUUGUGGUUGUGUCAAUUGAUGCAUAUCUCAGGAAAACAACUUCAGUUUUAGAAAAUAUUGAGUUGGAAAAAGCUCGAUUCCAGGCAACUAAAUUGGGUAGAGCAUCUGUAAAAGGUGGAAUCGAUACAGAUCGUAUCGGACCAUUAAUAUCAGAUUUUCGUAUAGCAGCAAGAGCAGUAAAUACAAGUGGUCCAUUACAUUUACUGUAUUUGAUUGCACCACCGGAUGUUGUUGAUACUAUACAAAUUGACUGGAGUCUUCUUUUUGAUCGUAUCAGUAUCAUGCCACAAAAUGAAGCUAAUUUAAUAAGUCUUUUGGGUUUUCCUGAAGGAUAUAUUUUGUGGAAAGCUACUGGCUAUCCUAUCAAACGAAAGUUAGAUGAACGACCUCUUCGUCGAUUGUACGUCGCUCUAGCUCUCGCCGAACUAUGGCAGAAUAGAUCAACAUUCCCAAUAUGGUAUGUAGCUGAACGAUACAAAUUUUCACGCGGUGCUCUUCAGUCUACUCUAACUUCAGCUGCAUCCUUGGCUAACUCAUUGGCUCAUGCACUAGCUAGUGAAUUUUCUACCGAUUCAGAACUAUGGGCAUUUGCACACCUACUUCCAGAAUUCGCCAAAAAACUGGCUUAUUGUGUUUCUAGUGAAUUAUUUCCACUGAUGGAAUUACCAGGAGUGAAAAGAGCCAGAGCCCGACAGUUGUAUAAUUUAGGCUACUGCACUUUGAAAGAUAUAGCGUGUGCUAACUCUUCUGAUUUAACCAGUCGCAUGGCUCCAUAUAUGUCUAAACGGGUUGCAAAUGAAAUAAUACAAGCAGCUCAAAUGUUAGUAUCAGAGAAAGCUGAUGCUCUUUUCCAGGAAGCUAACGAAAUGAUAUCUGGAGUUGGGACAAAAAGUUUGCUUUCUCAGAUGGCUGACUACUUGAAGUACAAACCAUUUUCUCCCAAACUAGCUGGCUUAAGCAAUGUCAAUAAAGUUAAAUUUGGUUCAUUUGGUGCUGAUUUUGAUGAAGACGAAGAUUUGUUUGAGUGAUAAUUAAACAGAAUGCUUCAAUGCUAACUUAUAUGUCUAAUGUCUAGUCUUCUUAUAACAAUGAAUAAUCUCUAAAUGCUCUCUGAAUGCCUAUUGUCUUUCAUAAUGCAAUUUAAUUUUUGGUUUGAAUUUUUUGUCAGAUUACUGAUUAUUAUUGUUCUUUUUAUUACAAAUGAAUGUGAUUUUCGAGGAAUAC